AUGCGUAAAAUGCUCGACACGAUGUUGAAGAACGCUCCCGAGCGUCCCGCGGCCUCCGAUAUCCGCAUCCCCGGUGAGCCAGGAGGCACCGGCACCAGCCGCGCGCGCGCACAUGCACCCCGAAUCCGCGCCCCUGAGCAUGGCUCGCUGUCGACGAGCGGGCCUCUUCCUUCCAGUGCCUUGGCAAAGCUGGGUUUCUCAACGAAGGUUUCCGGGUUGCGGGCGCUUGUGCUGCGCGCUGUCGCAGGCAGAGGCGGGCCCGGGUGCGUUUCGUUUGCUCGGGCGCGCUUUCGCCGUGUAGGUCCGCCGGACGGUGGCACCGGUGGCGACGGCGGGAACGUCAUCGUUCAGGUCAGUGCGUCCGUGAGCUGCUUGCCUUCUCAUCGGCACGUGGUCGUCGUGCGUGCAGAGAAUGGUGCUCCAGGCCAACGCUGGGAACGGAGUGGACGUCGCGGCAAGGACGUGCGCUUCGUGGUGCCUCCAGGCACCUGGCUGCGCUGGCUGCGUGAUCCAAGCACCAUCGACAGUAGUCGCCCGCAUGUGUUUCUGAAUCUGAACGAUACCGAGGAUGACCAGCGCAUGAACGACGCGGUACAAGCUCUUUCGGCCUUGGAGCCGUCUUGCUUUGCGCGAAACGAUGCGUCUGAUUCUGUUAAAUUUGAUGUGGACGACGGAGCGGCAACGUCGGCGUCCUCGGAUUUCCCGGCGUCCGUCAAGUCCGCACCCGCCCAUGUUUUGGUGAAGAGCAGCGUUGUUGCUGCCGCAGGCGGUAAGGGAGGACACGGAAACACCUUUUAUCAGUCGUCGGUGAAUCGCUCACCAAAGCAAGCGCAGGCGGGUCUUGAGGGCGCCGAACAGCUCGUGCUGCUCGAGCGGCUCCCAGUCGCUGAUAUCGCCAUCGUCGGUGCCCCGAAUGCCGGCAAGUCGAGUUUGUUGGCAACAUUGACGCGUGCGCGGCCUGAGAUUGCGCCAACCCCAUACACCACGACGGAGCCGAUGCUGGGCGUACUCGAAGAUCACCAGACCUGGAUGCGGUCGAUCCUGGUGGAGAUUCCCUCCAAGACCCUGGAAGACGCCCAGCAAAGCCCGGAACUUGUGUGGCACUUAUUUCGCGCGUGCCGUCAUGUGGUUGCAGUGGUCGACCACCAGCGUACCGCGGGCAAUACGCGACUGCUGCGGGAGCAGGUUCGUGCUCUGCAACGCAUGGUCGCACCUCGAGUCCUCGCUGGUUGCGUCGUGCGUUCGCAUUUGCUCCAGGGCCAGCCACAAAAGGACCAAGCGAUGCCGCAACACAUGGAAGGCGUGGCGUUGCUUACGCGUUUAGCGGAUGUGCGCCAGGCUUUACUCAAACUAACCACAGAGCCACCCUGGGUGCUUCACACGGACAAUGAACAGGGAACGCGGCAUUCGCAACGGAUGCUUGGGCGUUGA